AUGGCUGGAUCUGAAGAUGAUGAUAUUUCCAUAGCUUCUGCUGGAAGCGCGCAACGAAAGAGUCUCAGGCGAACCAUCUCGAUAGACUCACUGGCUCCGUCCAACCUAUUAAAGACAACGAAUUCUUUUACGCGGUUAUUCCAGAAGGGAAACAAAAGGAAGCUGGACGACACGCCUUCGGCUUCCAAUGCUACUUCCGAGUAUGAAAGUGACGAGACUGAGAACUCGGAUGAGCAGACUACCUACAAGAAGCAGAAGACGCUCACGGAAGCGGAUCUAGAGCUCCAGAAGAAAGAGGAGGAGUGGGACAGUUUGCUACCGGCGGAAUACCGCAAAUACAGACCCAAAGGCCACAAGCUGAAUCCGCCACCUACAGACCGUCCAAUCCGCAUAUAUGCGGAUGGAGUGUUUGACCUGUUUCACUUGGGCCACAUGAGACAACUGGAACAAGCCAAAAAGUGCUUUCCAAAUGUGGAACUGGUUUGCGCAAUUCCGAACGACGUAGAAACACACAAGAGAAAAGGGCUGACCGUUUUGACAGACAAACAGAGGUAUGAGACGCUGAGGCACUGCAAAUGGGUAGAUGAGGUGAUCGAAGAUGCUCCGUGGGUGGUGACUCUGGAGUACCUGAAGGAGCACAAAAUUGACUACGUUGCCCACGACGAUCUUCCGUAUGUGGCGGAUGGAAUCGAGGACAUAUACUUGCCUAUGAAGCAGGAGGGCAUGUUUCUCGCGACGCAGAGGACAGAGGGGAUAUCCACAUCGGAUAUCAUCACCAAGAUUAUCAGGGAUUACGACAAGUACCUGAUGAGGAACUUGGCUCGAGGAGCAACCAGAAAAGAGCUCAACGUGAGCUGGCUGAAGAAAAAUGAGCUGGAUCUCAAAAAGCAAAUCAGCGAAUUCAGACACUACUUCAAGAAGUCCAGUCAAAAUCUGAACAGGGCUUCCACAGACUUGUAUUUUGAAGUUCGCGAGUUUCUGAGAGGCAAAAAUUCAUCUUCUAAAGAGCUGGGAUUGUCAACCUCACCCAGUUUUGAUUCCUCCAGCAGCUUCCUAAAAAGACUGAGAUCGCCAGCCACGGAUUUCGCCUCCAAGUAUAACGGCAACGAGCAUAUGAGGUCCAGGUCUAUCAUAGACAACUUCAAGGAGUGGAUGACAAAAGAUAUUGCAGACUCAUCCGAAAUCUCGGAUAGUCACCUUGACGAAGACGAGGACGAGGACGAGUUCGAGACCAGUGAGAGCCACGAUGAGGACGCCGGAGCCGAGGAAGGCCAUGAAGCCCAGGACGAUGAAAGCUCCUGA